UCAAAAGAUUCGGAGAUAAAAGAGGAAGAGGGUACAAGAAAGGAGGGGCACAUAAGUCAUCAUAAAUAGCCAAGAACUCUCCUCCUUUUCGCCCAAAAGCCUCUUCUUAAACUUGUCUGGUCAUUCCUCGGACAAAAGAAUGGCGACGCAAGAUCCUGAGCUCAACGUCUCCAACAACGAGCUGCUCGCGGUUCGAAACCUGAGGUCGGCACUUGAACGAAGUGUUCUUCCCUUAAAGAGAUUGUAUGGGAAACACUACCCUCCUGGUUUCCGCAGAAAGGUGGUGGCCGAGAUAAUAGCGACGUAUCUGCUGGUGUUCGUGACGUGCGGGUCGGCGGCGCUGAGCGCGAGCGACGAGCGCAGGGUGUCGAGGCUGGGGGCGUCGGUGGCGGGAGGGCUGGUGGUGACCGUCAUGAUCUAUGCGGUGGGCCACGUCUCCGGGGCCCACAUGAACCCUGCCGUCACCCUCGCUUUUGCCGCCGUCCGACACUUCCCAUGGAACCAGGUCCCAUUUUAUGCUGCCGCUCAACUACUAGGAGCAGUCUCCGCUGCAUUCACGUUGCGCGUGCUCCUCGAUCCUAUCAAACAUGUCGGUACCACUUCGCCUUCGGGGUCAGACGCCCAAGCCUUGACCAUGGAGAUUGUGGUCACGUUUUCCAUGAUGUUCGUCACUUCGGCUGUGGCCACCGACACCAAAGCUAUUGGAGAGCUCGCAGGUAUAGCAGUUGGCUCCGCCGUAUGCAUAACAUCUAUAUUGGCUGGACCGAUAUCGGGUGGAUCUAUGAACCCAGCAAGGACCAUAGGACCAGCACUUGCCAGUCAAUACUUCGAGGGACUAUGGGUGUAUGUGGUCGGGCCGGUGACAGGGACUCUUCUAGGGGCUUGGUCUUACAAUCUUAUCCGGGUCUCGGAUAAGCCGGUACAUGCGAUUGCACCGUCGUUUUCAUUCCAACUUCGAAGAACGAGGAGCUGCGAUGGCCAGGCGAUCAAUGAACCCUCUUGAUGCUCUGUUAAAAAAGGGAGAGGUUUGCAUUGGUUUUUAGGAAAGCCAGCGUAAUACAUCUGCUUGAUCCUUAGUAUGGCUGUAUUUCUCGUGGUGACAUAUAUAUACAGCAAUGCCAACGGAUGCACUAGUGUUCUGACAUCUAAAGUGCUGGCACAUCUGCAUUUUUCUCUCUUUAUGUCAAUAUGGAAUGUAAUGUUCAAGUUUGCUUAGUUAA